AUGUAAUAUCAAUUUUCGGUAGAGUUAGCAGUUAAUAAAGAUUGUAGAAAAACAUAAAGUGCAAAUAAAUGCACAGGUAGAGAAUCACAGAACAAUUUAUACUAAAACUUUACUCAUAAAAAUUCAAGUUAACCUAAAGUGGUGAAUAUCUUUAGAAGUUUUUGCUUGAUAAUAUAUCAUAGAUCAUCCAACUAAAUCUAAUCAUUAUUUGUAAACUUCAAUAGAUGUUCAUGAAAUAAAUAAAUCCAAAAAACAUAUCACUUUUCAUUAAAGAAUUAAAACAGAAAUUGAUAAACCAAGUGACUUUAAUAAACGAUUUAAUCCUAAUGAGAUUCAAGUUUUUUUAAGUAUAAUUUGAGUUUUAUAGGACAGAUAAGGUUGAGAUCGAGAAGAACAAAUUAAAUGUGUUAAAUAAGAUUGCAACUAAUUAAGGCAAUUAAUUGAAAGCAGUUAAAGUAAAUUAAGGAAGGUUUCUUCUCUAUAAUAUAUAUAGUUUAUAGAGAAAUCUAUAAUUUCAAUCAUUCCAAAUAAUCUAGUUAGCCAGAACUUUAAGAUUAAAUUCUGAGAAAGACUAACAAUUAUUUAAGUAAAAAAUAUUUUUAGUUUGAGGAAACAAUAAAAAUGGAUAAUCAACUCCAAAUAAUUUUGAUGAGAACCCUUAAUUUAACUACUUUAAACAUAAAAUUGAGUUUCGAAAUAGAAGAAAUAAUUAUACAAGAUCAGAUGAUGUAACCCCAUUAAGAAGAUCUGUAUUCUAAUAAAUUUAAGAAUAUAGUGAUACUAAAUUGGAGUAUAUUAUAAUAGAUUUAUUGUAGUUAAAUAAACUUAACAAAAGAAGAAGACAUAAUGUAAUUUUCAUUUGGAUUACAAUAUAAUAAAUUGAGAGUAUUAAGAAGAUUCCCUAAGGAUAUAUUUUAUGGGGAUGUUCGUAAAGCUAAAAAAAAUCUAUAAAUGCAAUGA